UUUCUAUAUAUUUUUUUUAUAAAUGUCCGGAAAAAUACAUAAUUAAUCUCUCCCUUGUCAAAAUAUCAUACUAUUGUCUUCGGUUUUUCGGUGAGUUGAGGAAAAUGGCGAAUAUUGUUGGAAGUGGAAGUCCAAUGAUCGUGUGGAACGAAGGGACAAAGAGGUUUGAGACAGAAGACAAGAAAGCGUACUUGGAGUAUGUCCUUAGAGACAACGGAAAAGUGUUGGAUUUGGUACAUACUUUUGUUCCUCCUUCCAAGAGAGGUUUGGGUUUGGCUUCUCACCUCACUCUCGCUGCCUUUAAUCAUGCCACCUCUCACUCCUUAUCUGUCAUCCCCACCUGCUCUUACAUCUCUGAAACAUUUCUUCCGAAGAACCCAUCUUGGAAUUCUGUGGUAUACAAAGAGAGUGGUCAAUCUCAUAUCUGAAAUCUCAUAUUCUAAAUGCUUGUAUGUUUUCAUCAAAAUCUAGCCAUAUGUGGUUAAGUGGUUCUGCUACUCAGAAUAAAUGUGCUUAGAUUUAUUGCACAGGAUACCAAAUUUGAUUUUCUCUUUUAUCAAAAGUGAUCUUAAUAACACAGUUACACAGUUGUUUGGUAAUUGGUUUCUCCCUUGAAUCCUCAA